CAGGAGGUCAGAGGAUGGGGCAGGUAGCAGCUCACCUGGUCAGUUCGGGGACUACGAGUGUGACGCUCCGCUUAGUCUAGUGAUGAGUGCUGUUCAAGCCAUGGCCAAACUCCACCCCAAGCCAGAUUUCGUCCUCUGGACCGGGGAUGACACAGCUCACGUCGCAGACUCUUACUUUAACACGAACAAAGUGGUGGACAUCGUUGGUACCCUGACGUCCAUCCUCAAUCAAUCCUUCCCCACGACGCCAUUCUUCCCAAUCCUUGGCAACCAUGACUACUACCCCAAAAACCAAUUUCCUCUGGGAAAAAGCGACCUACAGACGCAGGUGGCUGACUUAUGGAGGAGUUGGCUUACCAAGAUUCCCUACACGUCCUUCCAGACCGAUGGUCGGUACUGGGCUGAUGUACAAGGCACCAACGUCACCAUAGUGGCACUCAACACGCUCCUCUGGUACAAGAGCAACGACAACACUGCUUUCCUCCCUGACUCAGACCCCAAUGGCGCCGACCCUGGCAAACACUUCGCCUGGGCUGACGAAGUCCUCAGAAAACUUUCUGCCAGAAAACGCAGGGUGUACAUCAUCGGUCAUAUCCCACCCGGGAAGUUCGAGAGAUACCAGCAAACUAAGGAGGGAUUCCACUGGUUCCAGCCCCGCUACAACGAUCGUUUUAUUCAGAUGAUACAAAACCACUCCGACGUUAUAGAAGCGCAGUUCUUCGCCCACCACCACACAGACUCCUUCAGGUUGUUCUUCAAGGACCAGCAUGAACACGAUCCUGGUUCUCCAGUGUCUUACCUGCUAGUUGCUCCUGCCGUCACUCCCUGGCGCUCCACGCUGUCUCCAGAAACCGGUGCUAACAACCCAGCUGUCAGACUCAUCUCUUUUGACACCGUCACCGGAAAGCUGACGGAGGUGUCGACCUACUACCUGGACCUGGGUAGCGCCAACACACAGGGUAAAGCAGACUGGAAACUGUUGUACAACUUCACUACAGCCUACGGCCUCCUCCGUCAGCCCCUCCUCACUCUAUAACCUGGCGAAGAAC